UCAUUGGUAACUGUUGACGUUACUUACUGCGGUUGUCUCUCUGGUUGUUGUCCACUAGAGCAUCCUGCCCACAGUGUAGGCCACACUGACUACAGCCACACCUGCCCCACGUGUCACUGGUGCUUCAGGAUGGGGUCCCACCUCCAGGAGCCUGUCCACUUCCACUCCCCCAACCCCGGUCUGCAGUGUCCCACCUGUAAACGUGUCUUCACCAGCAGGAGUAAGCUUCGUGUACACCGACUCCGCGAGGCAGGUGAAAAGAUUCACAAAUGUCACCUGUGUGAUUACUCAGCAGUGGAGAGGAACGCGAUCCGUCGGCACAUCAUCAGCGUACAUGCUGACUCUGAUGUAGCAGAGGGAGGUUUAAACCGUCACACCUACGCCUGCCCCAGCUGUGGUCUGCGUUUUCACCAGAGCAAGUCACUAAAAGCUCAUAUGAAGACGCACAACAUUCCAAGAGGCAGCGACGCGGCGACCUGCGUCCUGGAGUCUUGUUCUUUCCAGACUUCAUCGCACAAAGAACUUCUCAAACACAUCCUGGACGUCCACGGUGUCAAGGCGGUGGAAUGUCGCUACCAUGCCUGCGGAGCUGUUUUCCAAACAGAGGCGGAGAUGCUCACUCAUUUUCAGACCCACCGGGCCUACCACUGCUCACAGUGUGAGUUUUCCUGCUCUAACAAAGCCCUGUUCCUCCGACACCAGCGAAGCGGCCACGCCGGCUCCGACAAGCUCUGCUGUGACUUCUGUUCCUUCUUCACGUUCAACCCCGUACAGUCUGAGCGGCACGUUAGACGCUGUCACCCCAACGAGAAGAUCCACCGCUGUUCUCAGUGCAGCUACGCCACCUCUCACAGACGUAGCUUGAGGAGACACACGUUGACGCACAACAGUGAGAAGCCCCACAAAUGUGGUGUGUGUGACUUCAGGUGUCGAGACGAGUCCUCCCUCUCCAGACACAUGCUCACGCACUCAGACGACAAGAACUUCAUGUGCUCCGACUGUGGAUACGUCACCAAAUGGAAGCACUACCUGACCGUCCACAUGAGGAAACACGCAGGAGACAUGAGGCACCAGUGUGAUCAGUGCACGUAUCGCUGUCACCGCACGGACCAGCUGAAGAGCCACAAACUACGACACCAAGCCAAGUCGCUCAUUUGUGAAAUCUGUGCGUUCGCCUGCAAGCGCAAAUACGAACUUCGCAGUCACAUGACAUCCAAACACUCCGGAGGUGACGGACACCCCCCGGUCCAUCAGUGUACCUUUUGCACCUACACUACCCGCUACCGACAAGCGUUGCGAAAUCACGAGAACUGCCAACACACCAGGCUGAAGGAGUUCCACUGCGCCCUGUGUCCCUACGUGUCGUUCAGUACCGUCAGUCUGUUCCUGCACAAGAGGAAGGCUCAUGGUUAUGUACCUGGAGACCAGAGGUGGCUGGAGAAGUACGCUGCCAAGGAGAAAGAACGGAGUUCCAUGGAGGAAGCUGGUGAUUUCUACAGGAAGUCCUUCACGGCCGAGCGGCUGAAACGAACCGCCGAAGGAGAGCGAGGACCUCAGGGAGAACGGGCUGAGGCUCCCGCUGCAGCAGAACUCAGGAAACAAACUGAAACGAAGAACACGAAAUCUGUUGGUGCGCUGGACAAUGAGCCACAAGAGGGCGGCAAUGAGAGCCUUACAGGCAGCUCUGAUGAGUACUGUACAUUGAUUUUAACCACUUAUUCUGAAACGUUAAAAGGAAAAGAGGACCUUCCAAGGUCAACAUGUUUAUCUGAGGAGAUGGAAGAGGAGGAGGAGGAGGAGGAGGAGACAAGUGUCAAUGAAGAGUGUGACCUUGACUCUGUAAGUCAGGAAACGCCUGAGCUGGUGGGUAGAACGUUCUCUCCAAAUACAGAUCCUGAAUUCUCCUGUGUACAAAACCAGAAAAUAACGAAUAUUGACAGCGACCAAACAGAAGCUUCAGUCCUGGAUGGACCGGUGCAGGUGCUUGUAGUUCCAGACACAGAUGCUGAUGAGACUGUGUUAAAUUCCCACGGUGCUCAGGUCAAAACUCAAGGCCUUGAUGGACGUCUUCCAAACCAAAGCCCAGGAUUUUCAGAGAAAUGUCCGACUGCAGGAGAGAACUGCUCUAAAGGUAACGAGGGAUCUGAAAAUCCAACAGAUCAAGAACUCCAUCAGCCAGAAAUCACAUCAUCAUCAUCAUCAUCAUCAUCUCUACAUCAGAUUAUUAUUGUCUGUUAUCAUUUCACUGGGACAGAUGGAAGAUUCCGGUGUGAACUGUGCUCCUUCACGUCACUGCGACCCACGACAUUUCAGCGUCACGUCACCGCCUGUCGGAAAAGAGUUUGUCAAAGAGACAGUCGGGUUCUGUUGGCUCUGCACCUGGAACACCAACACCAGGAGGGUCGUCCCGAGGACGAGAUGCUGGCGUGCGGCAGGUGUUCGUUUGCCAGUCCACACAGGCCGGUGUUGGAGCGUCAUUUGCAGACACACGACGGCAGUCGGCUGUACAAGUGCAGAGACUGUGAGUAUUCAACGGGAAACAGGCAGAAGAUGACGCGGCACAUCCGCACGCACACCGGGGAGAAACCGUACGGCUGCCGGCUGUGCACCUACACCUGCGCUGAUCCGUCCAGGCUGAAGCUUCACCUGAGAGUUCACCAGGAGGAGAAGAAAUACCUGUGUCCAGACUGUGGCUACAGGUGCAAGUGGUCCAGUCAACUCAAAUACCACAUGACAAGGCACACGGGAGAGAAAUCCUACGCCUGUGGUGAGUGCGACUACCGCACCAACAGAGCUGACGCCCUCCGCGCCCACAGGGACACCCAACACUGUGACCUUCGACCCUACAUGUGCGAGAAAUGCGGCAAAGCCUUCAAAACCAGAUUUAUACUGAACACACACCAGCGGCAGCACAGCGACGCUCGCCUCUACACCUGCGGCCUGUGUCCCAAGGCCUUCCGAUGGCCCGCGGGCCUCAGGCACCACUUCCUGUCUCACACGAACCAACAGCCUUUCGGCUGCGGCCACUGCUCUUACAGAGCCAGGCAGAAGUUCCAGGUGGUCAAACAUCUGCGCAGACGCCACCCGGGGGCGUCGGUGGAGGAGGGAGUGGUCAAACAAACGGAGGCCAUGAGUCUGACCCUGAAGGAGGCCCUGCAGGGGAGUCUGGGAGAGGGAUAAUGUCGGUCAGCCAAUAUUAUCGGACACCCCUGGUGGACACCUAUAGUACAGCAGCUGAGCUAACUGAAGAGAAUCAGAGUGAAGGUGGAAGUGAGGAGAAAGACAGAGUGGAGUCCUCUGACUGUCCUCUUGUCCAUGCGUCCAUUGUUGUUGUACUGGAACACUGAAGAAGAGUGCAGCUGGUUCACUGAUCUCAGGUUCAAAUACAGCAACAAUCAAUAAUGAAACUCAUUAACCAGUCAAUAAAGUAUUGAUUCUGA